AUGUCAGAGAAGGACUCGAGUCUUCCGGUCGACAUGUGGAUUAUGCCCCACGACGACUCCCGGUUCUCGGUCAUGGCUGCCGAACUCAGCGGUUUCUCUCAAGUCGAACUCGAGGCAGUACGCCUCUGGUGGGCGAGGAGUGAGAAGAGCAGCGAAACAGCCAACGACUGUCAGACCAGUCAAAAGAAUUAUGCACGAUCAAAGGAAAGUACCAUCACCAGCCGUACUUUGGCUUCGAAUCUCAAGGCAAGCUUUCAGUCCGCCCCAGCUUCUACAACAGCAGUCAUAACCUGGCUUUCAGCCGCGGACGAGAGGCCGAGACCAGCCAUUACAGCUGAAAUAAAGGUCGACAUUGAUUGGUACGCCUUCAACAGCAACAACUCCCUCUAUCGCACGGCCAUUCGCCUCUACUACAGUCUCGACUUGCCAGUCAACCCUGGUCUCAAAUACCUCUUCGGCAUCGCAGGACGUUGUGGCAUUGACAAGCAGCUUGUCGCCGCUUCUGCAGCUCAGCUCCAGAAGACGCAUUAUUGGAACUCGCCCGACUUCCAACUUCCGGGGAAGUGCUUUGAUGAAGGUUCCUACGGCAGAUUCAUCAGAAACGUCCGCCUUCCCUGCUCGCACUCGCCCACUUCUUCGAAUGCUACCGUGAUGGACUCGCUAGCUAUGUAUUCGACCCCAGCCAUGCGAACUCUGUUUGGAGACCCAGCGCGAAAAGUGAAUCCUCCCUUCUAA